AUGACCACUUCAAAUGAAUGCUCAGCACGCGUAUUCUGUAUCGUCCUAGAAACAGAAAUUUCUUUCUUUAAGUAUAGAGAGGAAAUUUCUUUCUAUAUCGUGAACUUAUUCUGUACUGUUCUCUCUACGGGCGUUCGGGUACGUUCGGUUACAGAGAAAUGUGAACUAUCCAUUGUAAAAACAUUGACAUCUUUUAGGGAAAUUUCGGAAGUCAUUCGGGACGCAGAAGAUCAAGAAGCACAAAACCAAUUACGUUUGGAGCGGAGAAUUUUAUGA